AUGCCCAGCCCGCUACCGUGCCGAGCCAUAGCGACCCCGAGCAUCCCCCGCCAGGGCUGUCCCAUACCGAACCGCACCGUGCCGGGGUCGCGUCCCCGUUGUCCCUCCCUUCCCGUACCGGUGCGGGGCCCGUGCCGGAGCCGCCCCGUUGGGGCUGAGCCGCCCGCAACCGGCGCCGCCCCCGGGUAUAUAUCCUCACCGCGGCACUGCCCCGCUCCCGUUCCCGUUCCCAUGGCGGCGGCGGCAGCGGCGGAUCCGAGCCCGGGUCCGGGUGCGAGUCCGACUGCGGGCAUCGAGCAGCGCCCCGACCGCGGCGGUACCGGCGGCAGCAGCACCACCAACAGCAACACCACCGGCACCACCAACACCACCGCCACCACCGGCAGCAGCGGCAGCAGCAGCCCCGGGUCGGUGGAGCUGGCGGCGGCGCGGCGGCGGCUGGUGGCGGCGGAGGGGCGGCGGCGGGCGGCGGCGGAGCUGGAGGGCCGGGUGCUGCAGGUUCACUGCGCCCUGCGGCACGCCGAGCUGCGUCUAGCCGCCCGCGCGGAGGCGCUGGGCCGGCUCGGAGCCGGCGUGGCCCAGGCUCAGCUGGCGCUGGCGGCGCACACGCAGCGCCUGCAGAAGGGGCUCCGCCGCCGGCCCCGGCCCCGGCCCGCCGCGCUCCUGGCGGCCGCCCGCGCCCUCCGCAGCUGCGUCCCCUGGGCUCCCGCCCGCUCCCGCGGGCCCGCCGCUCCGCCCGCUGCCUCCCGCCGCCUGCCCGCCGCGCCCCGCAGCCCCGCCUAG